AUGGCACCCCGUUCAACGCGCAACGCCUCCACUUACGAACUGCAGGCUUCACUGCCACAUCUUCCUGUGCCCUCCCUCCACACCACGCUGGACAAGUACCUGCGCUCAUUAGAAUCUCUGGUCACUAAGGAAGAGCUAGAACAGACCAGGAAGCUCGUACACGAGUUUGGGAAGCCUGGAGGUCAAGGUGAAGCUCUGCAGACGGAACUAUUGCAACGAGCCAAAGAGAAAGAAAACUGGCUGGCAGAGUGGUGGGAACAAGUGGCUUAUCUCAGUGAUCCGACGCCGAACGCGCUGUUCGUCAACAUGGUGACAGGCUUUGGCUCGUUCCAAGACUUCGAUCGACCUGUUUCCCAAGCCAGACGAGCAGCAGAGACUGUGAGAUACACAUGUGAGUAUCUGGAGAGACUCAAACGUGAGCUAGUGCCACCAGAGACAAUGGGUGGCCACGUUUUGUGUAUGAACAUGUUCCGUCGUCUAUUCUCCACUUGCCGCAUCCCGGAGAGGCCGACAGAUCGAUUCAAACGAGUAGACCCGGUCACGAUUCGCCAUAUUACCGUAUUUUGUGAAGGCCGAGUGUUCGUGCUGCGUGUAUACGACGCUGACGACGAACUUCUGACCAUCGGAGACUUGGAAGUGCAGCUCCUGCAUAUCUUGCGGCACUCGGCGUAUUUGAACUCUCUUCCUGCAAGAAAACGCGAUGCCGACCUGCCGCAAUUUGUAGGUGCUCUGACAGCAUUGAGACGCGAUAAAUGGACUGAAACUCGUCAAGCUAUGGUGGAGUUUGACCCGUUAAACGAGCGAAGUCUUGACAAGAUUGAAAGCAGCCUUUUCUCGCUGUGUCUAGAGUCCUCAACACCCGGUACGCCCUCGGAGUUAGCACGACAAUGUGCUGCUGCUAAUGCUGGCAAUCGCUGGUUUGACAAGAGCUUUCAGUACCUCGUGUUCGCCAACGGAAUGGUAGGAGCCAACAUGGAACACGCUAACGCAGACGCUACAGUACUGCAGUCGAUGUUUCGGUGGUUGGGAGAGCGCUAUCUGAAUCGAAACGGUGGCUACGAGACGUUCAUUGAGAGUCGCCAUCACUCGCUGGAGUUCUUACCUCCUCCUGAGCUGCUGCGCUGGCGUUUAUCUCAAGAAAUCACGUUAAACACGAUCCCAACCGCAUUGACAGAUUUCCAGCGAUAUGGCAGUACAUUACGCAUGAUAGUGGUGCGAAACAAGACAUUUGGAAAGACCAAACUACGGGCGGUGAAGCUGUUUCCUGACAUUUUCGUGCAAAUGGGAAUUCAGCUGGCAGGCUUUCGAGUGUUUGGCCGUGUAGUUCCAACGUACGAGAGUGGCCACACUCGUAUGUUCGUUGAAGGUCGCACGGAGACCAUCCGUACGGUGACAAGUGAAGUACUGGCAUGGCUGCAGAUGCAGGAUCAACCUGAUGCGGAUGAAGCAGAGGUGGCAGAUAAACUCAAGCGCGCUAUGUCACGCCAUAAGGAGAUCUCACUUGAGGCGCUUUCGGGCAAUGGAAUAGACCGCCACUUACUGGGACUGCAUAUUGCAGCGAUGCAAAAGACUGGUUCUCCUCCUCCAUUGUUUACUGAUCCUAGCUACGCUAAGAGUGGCGGGGGUGGCAAUUUUGUGCUAUCUACGAGCAACGUGUCCGGGUAUCCGUGGCUCUGGGGCGGAUUCGUGCCGAUGCUACCUCACGGAAUCGGAAUUUGCUACGGGUGUGAAAACGACUUUCUGUCGUUCAUGAUCACAUCGUUUGACCCGAGUGAUCGCGACCAGCAACUUCCAGGCCCGCCAGGUCCACGGCUUCCACGAGUCACUGCAGCAGAAUUCCAGCGCGCGCUCUUCAAGGCGUUCGAAGACAUUUACGCGCUCAUGGAACGCAACCAUGAAAGUUUGAAACCUGUUUGCAAAAUGUGAGCUGACCUAAACUUGAUCCGUGGUCUCACUUCACUCGAGAACAAGCUGACAAUGACAUCACGGUUAGACUUAGAGACAGCGUAUCUAAGAGGAUAGCAAACCAUUAAUUCAUUCCGUUCGAAUCUCUAAG